AAGAACAGUCUCGUUCCACUUGAUAGAGAGUCUGGAGAGAGUUCAGAAUGUAGAGAAGAGAGACCGAUUACGAAAAUGGAGGCCAAUGCAUGGAACCCUAAGACAAUUUCAGAGAAGGAGGCUUCGCGACAUUGUGGCAAGAUUCAUAAAUGCAUUCACUGUUUUCGAAAUUCUCAGAGUUUGAAUCUGUAAGCCGUGAAAACCACCGAAACCAGUGAUUUUAUUUCACUCGGGAACUGCACGUACUGAGAAUUUCAGUUCUUCGUUUAAGGUGCUUGGAACGGAUUGUUUUGCUGUUGCAUGGAAGGAAUUUUAUGGAAUCGCUACUCGUUUAUUUUCAUCGAUUUCCUUGCCAACAUUAACAAUUGGAAUUAAGAAUGGCUAUAGAGCUGUUUGAUUGGUAUUGUCGUCCAGUUUUUGGUGGCGUGUGGACAAAUGCAGUGGAUAAUGCUUUUGGCGCUUAUACACCAUGUGCCAUUGACUCUCUGGUGGUUGUUAUUUCUCACCUGCUUGUUCUAGGUCUAUGUAUCUACAGAAUAUGGCUGAUGAAAAAGAGUUCUGCAGUACAGAGGUUUUGUUUGAAGUCAAAGAUUUACAAUUAUGUACUGUGUUUGUUGGCUGGUUACUGUACAUCUGUGCUUUUAUUCAAAUUGAUCAUGGGAAUUUCAGUCUUGAAUUUAGAUGGGCAGGCUGCACUCGGUCCAUACGAGGUUGUUGCCCUGAUAAUUCAGGCCCUUACUUGGUUCUCAAUGGUUGUAAUGCUUGUUGCUGAAACCAAAGUUUAUAUUUUUGAAUUUCGAUGGAUAAUCAGAUUUGGAGUUUUUUAUAUAUUAGUAGCGGACGGUGUGAUGCUCAACCUAAUUCUUUCGGUGAAGGAUUUGUACAAGAGAUAUGUCCUGUAUUUGUAUAUCAGUGAAGUUUUCUUCCAGGCUUUAUUUGGUGUUCUCUUGCUCCCAUAUAUACCUAACUUGGAUCCUUAUCCUGGUCAUGCCCCUCUACGUAGUGAAUCUGUUGAUGUUGCUGAAUUCGAAAGACUUCCUGAAGGAGAACAUAUAUGUCCUGAGCGGCAUGUGAAUUUGUUUUCAAAAAUAACUUUUUCGUGGAUGGAUCACAUAAUGAAGCUAGGAUACAGAAGACCACUCACGGAGAAGGAUAUAUGGAAAUUGGAUACUUGGGAUCGAACUGAAACAUUAUACAAUAACUUCCAGAAAACUUGGGCUGAAGAAUCUCAAAAAUCCAAGCCAUGGCUUCUUAGAGCAUUAAAUAGUAGCCUUGGAGGAAGGUUUUGGUUGGGUGGCCUUUGGAAGAUUGGCAAUGAUAUUUCUCAAUUUGUGGGACCUGUCAUCUUGAAUAAACUUCUUGAGUCCAUGCAACGUGGAGAUCCAUCUGGAAUGGGUUACAUUUAUGCAUUUUCAAUGCUUGCUGGAAUGCUCCUUGGAGUAUUAUGCGAUGCACAAUAUUUUCAAAAUGUGAUGCGUGUUGGUUUUCGAUUGAGGUCCACGUUGGUUGCUUCUGUUUUCCGCAAAUCCUUGAGGUUAACUCAUGAGGCACGCAAGGAGUUUCCUACUGGAAAGAUAACCAACUUGAUAACCACGGACGCUGCGACACUUCAGGAGAUAACCCAGUCACUUCACACGUUAUGGUCAGCUCCCUUCCGUAUUACGAUUGCUAUGUUUCUUCUGUACCAGCUGUUGGGAGUUUCUUCCCUUCUUGGUGCACUGCUGCUAUUUCUUUUAUUUCCAAUACAGACACUUGUAAUCAGCGAAUCACGGAAACAGUCCAAAGAGGGAUUGCAACGCACAGACAAGAGAGUUGGUCUCAUGAAUGAGAUUUUAGCUGCAAUGGACACAUUGAAAUGUUAUACAUGGGAGAAAAGCUUUCAGUCGAAAGUACAAAGUAUCCGAAAUGAUGAGUUGUCAUGGUUCCGCAAGGCAUCACUUCUUGGAGCGUUAAAUAGCUUCAUACUGAAUAGCAUUCCUGUUUUGGUGACUGUGACUGCUUUUGGAUUAUUCACGGCUUUUGGGGGAGACUUGACUCCAUCUAGAGCAUUUACGUCACUUUCACUAUUUGCAGUGCUUCGGUUCCCUCUACUCAUGCUUCCUAAUAUAAUAACUCAGGUGGUAAAUGCUAAAGUAUCACUAAAGCGACUAGAGGAGCUACUUCUUGCUGAAGAGAAAGUCUUACUUCCAAACCCACCAUUAAAUCCAAAACUUCCGGCCAUCUCAAUCAAGAAUGGAUACUUUUCUUGGGAUUCAAAGGCUGAGAAGCCCACGCUAUCAAACAUCAAUUUGGACAUACCAGUUGGUAGCUUGGUCGCAAUUGUUGGAAGUACAGGGGAGGGAAAGACAUCACUAAUAUCAGCCAUGCUUGGAGAACUUCCUCCAGUUGCAGAUUCUAGUGUUAUUAUUCGGGGAAGUGUUGCUUAUGUUCCACAAAUUGCAUGGAUUUAUAAUGCUACAGCACGUGAUAAUAUAAUAUUUGGUGGUGUCUUUGAUUCUGCCAGAUACGAGAAGACAAUAGACGUAACUGCGUUACAGCAUGACUUUGAUUUACUUCCCGGUGGUGAUCUGACUGAAAUUGGGGAAAGAGGAGUGAAUAUUAGUGGUGGUCAGAAGCAAAGAGUUUCCUUGGCUAGGGCCGUGUACUCCAAUGCUGAUGUGUACAUUUUUGAUGAUCCCUUGAGUGCUCUUGAUGCUCAUGUGGCUAGAGAGGUUUUUGAAAAAUGCAUUAGGAAAGAACUAAGAGGGAAAACGAGAGUUCUUGUGACCAACCAACUGCAUUUUCUCUCACAAGUUGACAGAAUUAUCCUUGUUCAUGAAGGUGUGGUGAAGGAGGAAGGGACAUAUGAGGAACUUUAUGAAAAUGGCGAGUUGUUCACAAGGUUAAUGGAAAGUGCAGGUAAAUUGGAAGAGGAAAAGGAAGAAGGUGAAAUCAGUGAUACUAAAAAAUCAUCUGAAUUUCCUGCUGAUGUGAUGGUAAAUGAUUUUAAAAAGGAUGCUAAUCCUUCAAAAAAUCGUAAAGCACAAAAAUCUGUUCUUAUUAAACAGGAAGAAAGAGAAACAGGUGUCGUCAAUUGGAACGUUUUAGUGCGAUACAAGAAUGCAUUAGGAGGCCUAUGGGUGGUUAUUGUACUCCUCUUAUGCUAUGUUCUAUCAGAAACUCUUCGAAUAUUUAGAAGCCUAUGGUUAAGCAAAUGGUCGGACGAAGGCAAUAUCGAUCCUAGUGAAACAUUGUACUACAACACGAUAUACGCGGGCCUGUCAUUUGGUCAGGUAGUGGUGACACUGUUGAAUUCUUAUUGGCUGAUCAUAUCAAGCCUGUAUGCAGCCAAAAGGUUGCAUGAUCUAAUGCUUACUUCUAUUUUAAAAGCUCCAAUGGUAUUCUUCAACACCAAUCCACUUGGGAGGAUAAUAAAUCGAUUUUCAAAGGAUCUUAGUGACAUUGACAGGAGUGUUGCCUCGUUUUUCAACAUGUUCUUGGGGCAAAUUUCACAACUCCUUUCUACAUUCAUCUUGAUAGGGUUCAUGAGCACUUUAUCAUUGUGGGCAAUCCUUCCUCUUCUGUUAUUGUUUUAUGCGGCCUAUUUAUACUACCAGAGCACAGCUCGAGAAGUAAAGCGUCUAGACUCCAUAAGUAGAUCUCCUGUUUAUGCACAAUUUACUGAAGCUUUAAAUGGCAUUUCAACUAUUCGUGCAUAUAAAGCUUAUGAUAGAAUGGCUGAGAUUAAUGGGAAAUCCAUGGACAAUAAUAUUAGAUUUACGCUCGUAAACAUGAGUGGAAAUCGAUGGCUUGGAAUCCGUUUAGAAACCAUGGGUAGUCUUAUGAUAUGGCUUACAAUAACCUUUGCUGUGAUGCAGAAUGGCAGGGCAGAAAAGCAGCAGGCAUUUGCAUCCACCAUGGGUAUUUUACUUAGCUAUGCUUUAAAUAUUACCUCUUUGCUUAGAGGUGUACUAAGGCUCGGAAGUGCGGCUGAGAACAGUUUGAACUCCGUCGAGCGUGUUGGGACGUACAUAGAUUUACCUUUAGAAGCUCCAUCAAUUAUUGACACCAAUCGCCCCCCUCCUUGGUGGCCUAAUUUGGGAGUUAUCAAAUUUGAGGAUAUUGUCUUAAGAUACAGGCCUGAGCUCCCAACAGUGUUGCAUGGUCUAUCUUUCACAAUUUUUUCGUUUGAAAAGGUCGGAAUAGUGGGACGAACUGGUGCAGGAAAAUCAAGCAUGUUAAACGCCUUAUUUCGUAUCGUUGAACUGGAAAGGGGGAAAAUAUUGAUAGAUGGUUUCGAUGUUGCAAUGUUCGGGCUAUUAGAUUUAAGAAAAGUCCUUGGGAUUAUACCACAGUCACCUGUUCUUUUUUCGGGAACUGUUAGGUUUAAUCUAGAUCCAUUCAACAAUCAUAGUGAUGCUGAUCUUUGGGAAGUUUUGGAGAGGGUACAUUUAAAGGAUUUCAUAAGGAGGAGUACGUUUGGCCUGGACACCGAGGUUUUGGAGUCUGGGGAGAACUUUAGCAUUGGACAAAGGCAACUGCUAAGCCUUGCCCGAGCGCUUCUUCGUAGGACGAAAAUUAUGGUUCUUGAUGAAGCAACUGCGGCUGUUGAUGUUCGAACUGAUGCUUUAAUUCAGAAAACUAUAAGGGAAGAGUUCAAAUCUUGUUCAAUGCUUAUUAUUGCACACAGAUUGAAUACCAUCAUAGAUUGUGAUCGGAUCCUUGUACUUGAAGCUGGUCGGGUUUUGGAGUAUAACACUCCCAAACAACUGUUAUCAAAUGAACACAGCGCUUUCUCCAAGAUGGUUCAGAGUACAGGAGCUGCCAAUGCCCAAUACUUACGUACCUUAGUUCUUGAACCAGCCGGAUAGACAACAUUGUUACUUGAUGCUGCUAUUAAAUUGUUGUGAAAUCAUCGCAUUCUUGCACUAAUACAUCAUUUUUAUAGAGAUUUGUGACAUUGAUGUACAAGUUGAGCGACGGAUUUGAGUUGAAUUGAGUUAGAAAUCGCACGAUCAUAGGUUUUUGAAAAGUUCGAAUGCCAUGAAGAAGGGUGAUUGUAGUAUGUUUUGUAUUUGUUUUAAUCCGUUUUCCAGUUUUGAU